GCUAUUCUGAAAUAAUAGAAUGAGAGUACGUACAGCGCUGGGCUGGGUCCGGAGUUAAAGUCAAAAUGCAGCUAGCAGCCAGCUGUACCACGCAUGUGGAAUCAAACAAUCCUAACCUCUCUCGUUUUGUUGUGCGCUGUGCAGUGAGUAUGUGGCAACGUUGCUUUGCUUUAUCUCUAAUCCAGCUGAUCCGAGUAAAAUAUUUUGUCAACUAUAUAUGACAAUAUAUCUAUAGUCGAUGUUAUGGAAAAGUUUAUUUAGAGAACGAGGUACAGUGAUAACAGUAAUGAUUAGAAAACAUUGUUGUUGACUUAUUCUCAAAAUAAUUACAAUGAAUAUAAUCAAUUUCAUAGACUAUGUGCUCUUUACAUAACAAGAAAAGAAAGUCAGUAAAUGACAGCUCAUCCUGCGUACAGAUUUUUUAAGAAUGAGAAUAUUUUAAAAUGACAUUAAAAGCAAAAAUGAGACCAAAAAAUAUCAUAGAUUGGAAUGUCAGCGAUAUAGUUAAUUGGCUGACCCAAGCAGGUCAUGGAAAUACUGAUAUUAUUGAAAAAUUUAUGGAUCAUGAUAUUGAUGGAAAAGCUUUAUUAACACUCAAGGAAGAAGAUUUAAGAGGAAUGUGGGAUAGCAAUAAAUUAAAAAUUGGAGUAAUCAAACGUUUGGCUAUUAGUAUCAAACAGUUACAAAGAGAAAAUAUUCCAAUUCUUCUAGAAUUAGGAUGUAUUGAGAUGUUUUCUUCUCAAAAUUUCUUGACUCUGAAAAGUAACGAUAUAACUGGGAGUGGUAUAUUAAAUAAUGAAGGCUCUAUAGAACAUGACUUUUAUUCUGCAUCAGUUUCUGAAGAUGGAACUGCUUCUCACUUAUCUCCAGAAAUCUGGAAAACAUUCAUUAGUUUAGGAUACUUAUUCAUUGUAACAUGGAUUACUGCCUUUGUAAUGGUAAUAGUUCAUGAUAGAGUGCCUGACAUGAAAAAAUACCCUCCAUUACCAGACAUCUUCCUAGAUAACGUACCGCAUAUACCGUGGGCCUUUGAUAUGUGUGAAGUGACUGGAACUCUUCUUUUUGCUAUAUGGUUACUUGUUCUCAUAUUUCAUAAAUAUAGAUUUAUUUUGUUACGAAGAUUUUUUGCUCUAUCUGGUACAGUCUUUUUAUUGAGGUGUGUCACAAUGCUUAUUACCUCAUUAUCUGUACCAGGUGCACAUUUGCAAUGCCACCCAAGAAAUCUUCCAACAACUGAUUCAACUUCUUUUUACAAUGAACUUUAUAAUAAAAUCGAAAUGGCAUAUGUGAUAUGGCGAGGCGCAGGUAUGUCUAUUCAAGGAGUAAGGACUUGUGGAGAUUACAUGUUUAGUGGUCAUACUGUAGCAUUGACCAUGUUGAACUUUUUCAUUACAGAAUAUACUCCAAGAAAUUUGUACUUUGCACAUACGUUUACAUGGAUGCUGAAUAUGUUUGGUAUAUUCUUUAUACUUGCAGCUCAUGAACAUUACUCGAUUGAUGUUUUUGUUGCCUUCUACAUAACUUCGAGACUCUUUUUAUACUACCAUACAUUAGCAAACAAUCAAGCUUUGAUGCAACGUGAUUCAAAUAGGACAAAAAUAUGGUUUCCAUUAUUCAGUUUCUUUGAAUCAUCUGUGGAUGGCAUAGUACCAAAUGAAUAUGAAAGUCCAUCAGUAAUUAUCUUUAAUCUAAUUCACUCAAUUAAAGAUGUAGGUAAUUAUCUUCGACUGUGUAUGGCUUCCCUAAAGUUAGAAGAAAAAUUGAAAAUUGAUGUUAAUACCGUAAAAAAACAACUUUAAUAAAUUGAUAGUUAAAUUCAAUUUUAGAAGGAAGAAAAAGUUUCAAUAUGUAAUAUUUUAUAAGAAUUUGACCUAGAAUAUUACACUAAUAUAUUUCAAAUUGUGUUACAACGAGGUAACUACUAUUUUAAUAAUUUCAAUUUAAAAAUGCACAAUUAUAUUCGAAUUUAACUAAAAUUAAGAAAAAAGUUAUCUACAAUAUAAUUUAGAGUGCAUCAAAGCUAGUUUUGAUAGAAUUUUUGCAAGAGCAUAGCACAAUAUUUAUUAAAAAUUAGUAGUUAUUUGAUGAUUAAAUGAAAACAGAAGUACCGACUUCACAAAGUUGUUAAAAUACCAUUAACAGUUUCGUACUGCAAUAAUUUACGUUAAUAUAAAAUUAUGUAUUGUAUAUAAUAACAUUAUUAGUAUAUAGUCAUAGCAACAAAAGAAAAAUCGUUGCAUUUUAAUGGUUAAUAAAUAUUCCAAUAUUUUAUCGUUCGGAAAUAACCAUCAUCAAUACUAGAAAAAUUGUGUAAAUAUGUAAAGAAACCAUUUAAAUAUUUCACUAGCAAAUAUGUAUAUGUAAAUAUUUUGGAAUGACUACUCCAUGGAAUUAAAAUUAAAGUACUAUAUGUUAAGAAAAACAUGUUCGAUAAGAAUGUAAAUUCAAUUUGCUAGUAGAGAUAAACUUCCAUAUUUUUCUGUGUAAUAUUCUAGGAUCAAGACUAUUGUUUUUUCCUUGCUAAUAUUUUGUUGUGUAUGUUUACAACAAAUAAAGAUGAAUAUUUAUGUUAUAUAUAUAAGUAAAAAUAAAUUAUAAUCGAUUAUAUUUUUUUUAAGGAAAAAACAGAACUGUAUUAAGAUUAGUCACAAGGUACAUUUUAACCAUUAUAUAGUAAUUUUCUUUUUGUAAUGCCCAAAAAUCUACUGAAGGAUGUAAAGUUUUACAGUUUGUAAUUUUUAAAUUUAUAUUUGAUUACAUAAAUCAUCUAUAAAGUCGUUAAUUUGUUCAAAUGAAAUGGAAUUUAUUUUCUAUAAGAAUGUCAAAGCGCAUAAAUGUUUAUUACUCCACGUCUCGAAAUGUAUUUACAUAAUAAUUGUAUUUUUAUCUUGGAACAUUGUCAUACUUUAAUUUUCGAAUUUUGUAUCAUCGACGUUGAAAUUAAAAAAUGCGAGUUUAUAGAAACAUGUCAUCCACUUUUAAAAUAGUAGUUUCUUUGCAGACGUAACUUAUUGUCCAUCAUAGGAAAAAGUGCUCUCAAUCACUCUAUUUUUCACAAAAUGUAAUAAUGCAGUAAUGAUCAAUAGAUUGUACAAUGCCUCUCUAACUUAACAGCGAUUUCCUACAUAUCUAGUUCUUAAAAAAAACGAAUUAUUAUUAUUACUUUUUCAUGACAAAUGUUUGUAAAAAAAAGUGAAAAUAUGACAGUUUCUAACAAGGUAGAUUGAUUGUAUAAGAAUUGACUGCAAUGACAUACAUUAUAUAAAUCCAAAAUAUAUUUAACGAAAUAUAAAAAUUUUAUAUAAUGCCGUGCAACGGCUCCAAAGUUGCCAAACUAAGAAAAAAGUAGUUAUAAAUAAAUACGUUGAGUGUCGUUUUUGGGUAAAGUUUAAUGUACGAAAUGAAGCUCAGUUUACAUGUACAUAUGUAUUUACAUUUGAUACGCGAUUUAUUAUGAUUGUGUUACCAUUACUUUCUUACUGAGCUGUGCUCAAAACUUUUUAUUAGACAAUAUGUUAUGAGUAUUGAAGACUUAUUUCAAUUAUAGAAAAAAUUCUUAAUAAAUAACGAAAAA